CACAAGUGGUGUUGGCACUGAGUUGCUGAGUCCAGUGGAAGCCAGAUUUAAUAAGGUUUAGAGAAAGGCAGGACCUCUGCUAUCAUGGCGGGGAAGCCCAUGCUUCAUUACUUCAAUGGACGAGGCAGAAUGGAAUCUACCCGGUGGCUCUUGGCUGCAGCUGGAGUUGAGUUUGAAGAGAAACUUAUAGAAUCUCCAGAAGACUGGAAAAAGUUAGUAAAUGAGGGGAGUUUGAUGUUCCAGCAAGUGCCAAUGGUUGAAAUUGAUGGAAUGAAGCUGGUGCAGACCAGAGCCAUUCUCAACUACAUUGCCACCAAAUACAACCUCUAUGGGAAGGACAUAAAGGAGAGAGCCCUGAUUGAUAUGUAUGUAGAAGGUGUGGCAGAUUUGGGUGAGAUGAUCCUUCUUUUGCCAGUUGCACCACCUGGGGAAAAAGAUGCCAAGCUUGCGUUGAUCAAAGAGAAAACAACAAACCGUUAUUUUCCUGCCUUUGAAAAGGUGUUAAAGAGCCACGGACAAGACUAUCUUGUUGGCAACAAGCUGAGCAGGGCUGACAUUCACCUGGUUGAACUUAUCUACUACGUGGAAGAGCUGGACCCCAGCCUUAUUGCCAACUUCCCUCUACUGAAGGCCCUGAAGGCCAGAGUCAGCAGCCUCCCCACAGUGAAGAAGUUCCUGCAGCCUGGCAGCCAGAGGAAGCCUCCCACAGAUGAGAAAAGUUUAGAAGAAGCAAGGAAGAUUUUCAAGUUUUAGUAAAUCCAGCAUGAAUGCCAUGCACAUGCAAGAGAAAUCUUAAAUUUUAUAGCAAUGAAGUGCUUUCCGAGUCGUUAAAUCUGGCUGUUGUGAGGCUAAUAAACUUUUCCAAAGUAUAUAUGCUCAUUUAAUUAGAAAUCAACUCUAUGCAGAUUUAGGUCCCUGGGUGGCCCAAAUGGUUUGUGCUCAGCUAGUAACCUAAAGGUUGGUGGUUUGAACCCACCCAGUGGCCUUAUCUCAGAAGAAAGGCCUGGUGAUCUGCUUCCAUAGACAUUAGAGCCAAGAAAACCCUAUGGAACAGUUCUGCUCUGUAACACAUGGGGUCACCGUGAGCUGGAAUCAAUUCGAUAGUGAUGUCUUUGGUUUUUGGUUUAUGUGAAGGUUUAGUUGCAGUUCAGACUACUUGGUUUUGUUCAAAUAUGAAAUCAUCAUCACCUCCUAGAAUGUCUCUUGCAACUGAAAAUAAAUAAAGUGAAAAAAGUUAUGCCGACUCUUUAGUCUAUUUCCAAGGAUUACCAUAGAACAUCUGUCAUACCUUAGCAAAAAGAGUUAAAUAGAAGUUUUGCAUCUGACAAUAUCAGUUACGUAAAAAUGGCUUUAUCUUUUUGCAUUUGGCUACUUUUCUGACCAAGGACACACAAUUUUUUUUCUCUUUAGAGAGCCAUUUUCCUCAGGUAAUCAAUUUUUUUUUGUACUCAUUCAUCGAAGCAAUGUUUAUGUCUAUUAUG